AUGAAGCGAGCUUCCAAUUCUGUCGCUGCCCUUGAAGCGGCUGAGAAUGCACCACUCCUGCACCGCGAAGCAUCAAAGCCUGGGCCUAUGGAAUCGGCCAAACAUGAUGGAGUACCAGAUUGCGUGCAGAUAUUCCAGAUUCUUCUGCUAUGUUAUGCGCGUAUGAUGGAGCCCAUUGCAUUCUUUUGUGUCUUUCCUUACAUCGCAGAAAUGGUUCAGCGCAAUGGUAAGCUGCCAGACUCUGAUAUUGGCUUUUAUAGCGGACUUUUAGAGUCAGCCUUUGCAGCCACACAAGUCCUUUUCUUGAUGGCAUGGGGGUGUCUGUCCGACAGAGUAGGUCGCAAGCCAGUUCUCAUUUUGAGUCUGGUAGGCAUGGCCAUGGGCCAAGUUCUCUUCGGAAUGUCCACUACCCUUUGGGAAAUGGCGGUCUUUCGAAGCCUGACUGGUAUUUUCUCCAGCGCCAACCUCGUCAUUCGUACAAUGAUUGGCGAGAACUGCACACCUGAGAUGCGAGCGCGUGCGUAUAGCUGGUACUCGACGAGCGGCAACAUUGCCGUCUUCCUCGGCCCGCUUCUAGGUGGGCUGCUUGUCAACCCAGCGCAGCGAUACCCGGACACCUUCUCGGGCACAGCACCUUUCGAGAAACAUCCUUGUGCAUUGCCUGGCUUCCUUGUUGGAUCCAUGGGAAUAACUGCGGCCAUCCUGUCUGCACUAUUUCUCAAAGAGACCUUGCCAAUGCACAGCACUCACCCGGACAAGCACAACACUACCGAGAACGGCCCGACAACAUACGAGAUUCUGAAAUUCCCGAAUGUCAUCCGCGAGAUGUCGAUAUUCUGCCAAGUCAUGAUUCUUGCAUUCUCUUUUACUGCUAUAUCACCUGUUGUUCUUCACACAACAGUCGCCAUUGGCGGAUUCGGGUUCUCCACCUCCCAGUCAACCAUGUAUAUUACAGUGCAAGGACUAAGCGAGACGGCGUGGCUUCUGCUUGCUUUUCCUUUGCUUCACUCCCGAGUUGAAUCUAUGGGAAUUGUUCGUAUAUGCUCAGUCGCCUUCCCUUGUGUGUUUGCGGCCCAUAUUCUCAUGAAUGCACUGCUCCGCGAUCAGAGUGACGCCGCUCACGCACUAUCAUCUAUUUUGGCCUGGGUCCUGAUGCUCUGUGUGCCGGGAGUGUGGAUGGCUUUCACAGCAGUGCAACUGCGACUCAACGAAAUAAGUCCUGGCCCAUAUGCUCUGGGCAAGAUGAAUUCUAUUGCGGAGCUGCUUGCUAGUCUGGCAAGGUCCGUUGCACCACCUGUGAUUAGUUCAAUCUUUGCCAUGGGAGUGAGGGGCCAGAUCUGUUCCGGAUAUCUUGCCUGGAUUACUCUUAUUGCAUUUUCGCUUCCUCUUUUGGGCACUUAUUUCUGCCAUGAGUCAAAACACAACUGUACUUAA